AUGAAUGAAAAGCAUAUUUAUCUGCAAUGGAUUCAGAAUUUGCUGAUAGAUGGCUACAAAUCCUUUUCUUUAUCACCAAAUGUCAAUCGCAAUAUAAGCAGUCAAGCUCAUUCUUUAAUAUCAGAGAAUAUCGAUCUAAUAUUUGCAAAAAUUCCAGAUAAUUUCAAAGAUACUACACUAUUUAAGCUCGCAAUUUGCAUGAUUGAUCAGAAAUUCCCAAUCGAAUUCAACAAUUUACAGCGAAUUUUAGAUUAUAUUUCAAAAGAAAUGCCAAUUUCAAAUUUUUCACGUCAACUUUACGAAAAAAGUAAAAUGCCCGAGAUAGAUAAACUAGGUGCUCUUAUUGUUGAAUACUACAUUCGAGUAAAAUUCGAUCCAAACUGGAAGAAAAGUCUUCGAAAUAACUACUCUCUUAUCGACAUUGAAUCUGCAUUACUAAAUUGGAUAAACAAUAACAUACACAAGAAUCUUGUACCUCCAGGCUUAUCCUUUACAGAGAUAGUAGGAAGUGGCCAAUUCUGUGCUGCUUUCUUUGCAAAAUACAGAAGAAGUAUCAUCAUGUUAAAAAAAGUUAAAUUCGGAAAAAAUUUAACUACAAUAGAUAAAAUAAACAAUUGGAAAGAGCUUGAAGUUGCGCUAAAUACAUAUAGAGUUAAGAAACCAAUUAUGCCUGAAAUAGAAAAUAGAAUUUGCAUGAUUUGCUUUGUAAUUGACUUUUAUUCCGCAGUCAAAGAAAAAGAAGUUGAAGAUGUUGUUGAACUUCAAGAACCAAUGUUUUUAACAACCAAAAAUGAUUUUCAGAUCUCAGAAACAAAUGCUCUUGAAUUUGGGGAAUCAAAUACUGAGAAUUCAGAAUCAAUUAAAGCUGACAAAUCUAAAUCAAACAAUCAAGCUUUUUCUGAAAAAUUUCAUCUUGAAAUACCAAGUAAUUUUGAAAGAAUUAAUACAAAUUCAACUUCAAAUACAUAUAUUAAACAAACAACAUCACAAAAUAGCACAAACAAUCAAAUAAACACAGAUAAUUUUCAGUUUCAAUUCCUCAAAAUUCCUCAUUUAACAUCAACAAAACAAAGUAAUUCUCCACAACCAGAAAGUUCGAAAUCAAAACCAAUUGCUGAUAAUAAAAACACACAAAAUUUUGACAAUAUUUCUGAUGAUAAACAAAAUGAAACAAAAGAAAAUAAUGAAAUAUUUGAUGAAUCAAAACAAAAACAGACUAAAAUCAAUGAUGAAUCAAAUCAAAGGCAGAUUAAUAUGAAUGAUGAAUCAAAUCAAAGACAGACUAAUAUGAAUUAUGAUAAAUUCACAACUAAUAAUGAUAAACCACAACAUAAACAGAAAGAAAAAUCAAAUCAAUUAGGAGCAAGUUCUAAUAAUAAAACAGAUGACGCAAGGUUUGAAUAUUUGAAGAAAGGAAAACAUAGUAAAAAGUUGACAAUUGACCUAAAUCAAUCUUUGCAGAAUGUAGAGAUGACUGAAGUUGCUACAAAUACAGACAGUACAAGAAAAUAUGAUAAUGAUAAACAAACUUAUUAUAAUGAUGAAAAACCAAAGAAAAAGACUCUUCGUAAUUUCAUUGAUGAACAAGACAACAGAAGAAAGAUUCCAGAAAGAGUUCCUUUGAGAUUAAUGAGAGAGGAUGAUGAUUCUCCAAGAGUUGAUUUAGACAAAAUAGCAAAACAAAAAUGGAUGCAAUCAAUUCCUAAAACAGAAUUCGAAUUUACACCAACGCAUCAAAUUGUUGUUGAUCCUUCUAAGAAAGAUAACAAAGCAUCUUUUACUUCUUCUGUUGUAGUUGCACCUCCUAUUGACAAAGCAAAGAAAACAAAGAACAUUUCUUUUGUUCCAAAAGAUUUCUUUGAAGAAGAUUCAUUUGAUACAUUUGUAAAUUCAAUUGUUGACAAAAUCAAAGAUAGACAAAACGAAUUAGCUUUGAUUCAACAAGAGAAUAUCAAUGAAAAUGUUCAACCAACUCCAAAUAUAUACAGACCAAGAGUUUUCUAUGAAAGUUCUUCUGAAAGUGAUGAUGAUUCUAAAGAUCCUCUUUUCGAUUUAGAUAAAUUAGUUUCAAAACCAGAAAACGCUCCAAUUUAUCAAAAGAUUUCAAAAGAGAAAGAAGAAAAACUUUUAUCAAAUGUAAGAAGAUUAAGCUCCAAUUCAUAUUUAAUUUCGAAAUCUUCAAAGCCAAAGAACUUUGAAAAAUACAACAAUCCUAAAAUAAACAUUCCACAACAACCAGAAAAGAAGCAACAAAUUAUUAAUAAAGAAGAAAAAUCCAAAUCAGAAGAUAUAAUAAAGAAAGAACAAUCAUCUAAAGAAAUUAUUAAUAAAGAAGAGAAAAUCAAAUCAGAAGUAUCUAAAGAAAAUAAAACUAAAAUAUUAGAAAUAGAAAACAAAGAAGAAAAGAAACCAGUACAGAUAUCAAAUAGUGAAGAUUCAUCUGAAGUUUCCUUUGAUGAAACUCCUACAAGAAUUAAUAAUAAAUUAAGUGAUUCUGAAAGUGAUAAUAAUGAAGAUACAAUGCAACUUUCAUUGACUUUACCUUUGACAUCUACACAAGAAAUAGAGAAAAACAAACAAGCAAAGAUGAAAGAAUCAUCAAGCGAAAGUCAUCAAAAUAAUAAUGAAGUAAUGUCACCAAUCUCAAAAACAGCUUCAUUAUUAUCGCCUAUAUCGAAACCGGCAUCAUUGAGCUUCUCAAAUGAUUCCUAUUCUGACAUUCAAAAUAAGAAGGAACAAAAAGAAGUCGAAUCUCCAAUAAAAGAAGAACCAACUCUUAAUGAAGAAGAAAUAUUAAAGAACCAGACAUGGGAAGAAGAUAAAUCAGGAGAUAAUAUCGUUACUUUUGAAUAUCCAGCACUUUAUCAGAAUCAAAACUCAAUUGCUCCAUUGAUUCCUGAAGAAAGUCCAAGAAUUUCAACAAAUAAUGCUUUUCCAAAAGAAGAAGUUAAACAACAAAUUCAUAAUGAAAACCCAGAAAAAGAGAAGAAGAAAAUUACUAAAUCAGGAAUUCCUGUUAGAAAAGAAAUUCCAAAGAAAACAGAAGAAGAAAAAGAAGAACAAGCAAAUGAUAUUCUUGAAGAACUUGAUAAUUAUGCUCAACCAGAUUAUAAACAUCCUCCUCAUAUUGAACAAAGAAAACCUAAACCAAAAGAAAAUGAACCACAAAAGGAAAUCGAAAAUGCAGAGUUAAAAGUUACUAAUUUCCAAGCCAAGUUACAAAAACCAACUUCUGAAGAAAAACCAAAACAAAUUACUUCUACAAAAGAAGUACCAAAAACUAAUAAUAAUAUUGUUGAUGAAAAAGCAAAUAAGAAACCAGAGAAACCUCCACAAAUACAGGUAAAUAACAAUACAAAGAUCGAUGCUCCACAAAAGAAUAAUAUUAUUACUCCUUCUGAAGUUAAAGAUAUAUUAAUUCCUGCACUUCUUUCACCAAUAUUCAAAAAUGAGCAAAAUUCAUCAAAUUCAUCAAAAUUGGAAGAAAACAGACCUCCACCAAUCUUAUCAUCAUUCUCAAAGAACAAUGACGAUGAUGACAUUAUUAUUCAGAGUGUUUCAUCAAGUUCUUCUAUGGAAGUUGCUAUGACUCCAACAGGAACAACACAAAACAAAUUAAAACUAGAACCAUUAAGAGCCAGUGUUGAUCCUAAAGCUUCAACAGAUAGAAGAGUUAGUUUCUUGCCAGAGUUCUGUCAUCCAAUGACAAGAACUCAGUGGCUUGAAGAUCUGAAGAAUCAGAAAAAGCUAAAGAGACUAGCUAGAGCUGCAGCACCAAAAUCAAGAACAAGAGAUCAAUAUCCUCCAAAAGCAGAAAUUCCUAAAACUGCAAACAGCAAAAAAUCUCUUCUUCCUGACGCAAAACCACCAGGAGAGAGAAUGAAAUCAAGUAUGAAGAAAGUAAAACAUAGCCAUGAAGAUGAUGACAUUCUUAAUUCAACACAAACAUUAACAUUGUCCGAUGUCGGACUAUUAUAA